AUGCAACGUACGACUUCAAGUACGGCGCGCGAGCCAUUCAGGGCGGGGGCCGAAUCCUUAACCCCCUCCUCUUCCUUCCCCUCCCCCACCCUCUCUACCCCUCUCUCUCGUCAGGUGCUCGCGUUCGUUUCUCAAGUGCACCACGUGGAUCUGCCAGAGGAUGCCAUCGACCUCGAUACAGUCACACUGGACCAGGUGGAGUGCAACAUAGUGCAUUGCCCUGAUGCGGCAGUGGCGGAGCAAAUGGUUGAUGCCCUUCAUGCUGUCAGGGUGAAGGGCGCUCCUCUCUCCUGGGUGGAGAGCAACAUAGUGCGUUGCCCUGGUGCGGCAGUUGCAGAGCGAAUGGUUGAUGCUGUGGAGGCCAACAUCGUACGUUGCCCCGAUGCUGUCAUUGCAGAGCGGAUGAUCGAUGCGAUCGACGCUGUUGAGGCGAACAUCGUACGUUGCCCCGAUGCCGCCAUUGCAGAGCGGAUGAUCGAUGCGAUUGACGCUGUGAGGGUGAAGGGCGACUCGUGUGGCGGCGUGGUCACGUGCGUGGCCAGGAACGUCCCUCGGGGUCUGGGCUCGCCUGUGUUUGACAAGCUAGAGGCCGAGCUAGCACGGGCGCUCAUGUCUCUGCCGGCCACCAAGGGGUUUGAGAUCGGGAGUGGCUUCUCAGGUAUGCCUUGUGAUGCGCUGCUAAAGGGUUUGAGAUUGUUCUCAGUGUGUAUUCCCCCCCGGCGAUGCCCGUGCUCCAUGCCCUCUUGUCACUCGCUCUUGUCUCUGCCCGCCACCAAGGGGUUUGAGAUCGGGAGUGGCUUCUGA